AUGAAACCACACGAGCGGGGCUUCCUCGUGGUGCGGGGCGACCCGCGCGAGCUGCGGCGCCCGGCGCGCGGGGAUGCCAGCGGGCUGAGCCCGGCGGAGGAGCAGCAGCUCCGGAGGAGACGGAGCGCAGCCCAGCAGCCGGAGCUCCUCAAGGUGUACGGCCAGGUUAGUCUGAAUGAUUCCCACAAUCAGAUGGUGGUGCACUGGGCCGGAGAGAAGAGCAACGUCAUCGUGGCCUUAGCUCGGGACAGCCUGGCAUUGGCGAGGCCCCAGAGCAGUGACGUGUACGUGUCUUACGACUAUGGAAAAUCAUUCAAGAAAAUCUCGAAGAAGUUAAACUUUGGUGUGGGAAAUAACAGUGACUCUGUGAUCACCCAGUUCUACCACAGUCCCUCAGACAACAAGCGAUACAUCUUUGUGGACGCAUAUGCCCAGUACCUUUGGAUCACGUUCGACUUCUGCAACACUAUCCAAGGCUUUUCCAUACCUUUUCGAGCGGCUGAUCUCCUCCUGCACAGCAAGGCCUCCAACCUUCUCCUGGGAUACGACAGGUCUCACCCCAACAAGCAGCUAUGGAAAUCAGAUGAUUUUGGCCAGACCUGGAUCAUGAUUCAGGAACAUGUGAAGUCAUUUGCUUGGGGAAUUGAUCCCUAUGACAAGCCGAACACCAUCUACAUUGAAAGGCAUGAACCCUCUGGUUACUCCACAGUUUUCCGAAGUACAGACUUCUUCCAGUCCCGGGAAAACCAGGAGGUGAUCCUGGAGGAAGUGAAGGACUUCCAGCUUCGGGACAAGUACAUGUUUGCUACAAAGGUUGUGCGUCUCUUGGGCAGCCAGCAGCAGCCUUCUGUCCAGCUCUGGGUCUCCUUUGGCCGGAAGCCCAUGCGAGCAGCCCAGUUUGUCACCAGGCAUCCUAUUAAUGAAUAUUACAUCGCCGAUGCCUCGGAGGACCAGGUGUUCGUGUGUGUCAGCCACAGUAACAACCGCACCAACUUAUACAUCUCCGAGGCGGAGGGACUGAAGUUCUCCCUGUCCUUGGAGAACGUGCUGUAUUACAGUCCAGGGGGAGCUGGCAGUGACACCUUGGUGAGGUACUUUGCCAACGAACCCUUCGCUGACUUUCAUCGCGUGGAAGGGCUACAAGGUGUAUACAUUGCUACCCUGAUCAACGGCUCUAUGAAUGAGGAGAACAUGCGAUCCGUCAUCACUUUCGACAAGGGAGGAACGUGGGAGUUUCUUCAGGCCCCCACUUUCACAGGAUAUGGAGAGAAAAUCAAUUGUGAGCUUUCCCAGGGCUGUUCGCUCCAUUUGGCCCAGCGCCUUAGCCAGCUGCUCAACUUCCAGCUGCGGAGAAUGCCCAUCCUGUCCAAGGAGUCCGCCCCGGGCCUCCUCAUCGCCACUGGUUCCGUGGGGAAGAACUUGGCAAGCAAGACCAAUGUGUACAUCUCUAGCAGUGCUGGAGCCAGGUGGCGAGAGAAACUGGACCGGAAGCAAGAAAGGUACAGCACCAAUGAAGGGGAGACCUGGACAACGUUCCUCUUCUCCGAGAGGCCGGUGUUUGUGUAUGGCCUCCUGACCGAGCCUGGGGAGAAGAGCACCGUCUUCACCAUCUUUGGCUCCAACAAAGAGAAUGUCCACAGCUGGCUCAUCCUCCAGGUCAAUGCUACCGAUGCCUUGGGGGUCCCCUGCACAGAGAAUGACUACAAGCUGUGGUCCCCCUCUGACGAGCGGGGCCACGAGUGCUUGCUAGGACACAGGACCGUUUUCAAGCGGAGGAUCCCCCACGCCACGUGCUUUAAUGGCGAAGACUUCGACAGGCCUGUGGUGGUGUCCAACUGCUCCUGCUCCCGGGAGGACUACGAAUGUGACUUUGGCUUCAAGAUGAGUGAAGACUUGUCGUUAGAAGUCUGUGUUCCAGAUCCCGAGUUUUCUGGGACAUCCUUUUCUCCUCCUGUGCCGUGUCCUGUGGGUUCUACGUACAGGAGAACUCGAGGUUACCGGAAGAUCUCUGGGGAUACUUGUAGUGGUGGGGAUGUGGAAGCCCGGCUGGAGGGAGAGCUGGUCCCCUGCCCACUAGCAGAGGAGAACGAGUUCAUGCUUUAUGCCAUGCGGAAGUCCAUCCACCGCUAUGACUUAGCCUCAGGAGCCACCGAGCAGCUGCCUCUCACCGGCUUGCGGGCAGCCAUGGCCCUGGACUUUGACUAUGAGCACAACUGCUUAUACUGGUCGGACUUGGCCUUGGAUAUGAUCCAGCGCCUCUGCUUGAACGGGAGUACGGGGCAAGAGGUCAUCAUCAAUUCCGGCCUGGAGACAGUCGAAGCUUUGGCUUUUGAACCCCUCAGCCAGUUGCUUUACUGGGUGGACGCUGGCUUUAAAAAGAUCGAGGUCGCGAAUCCGGAUGGCAACUUCCGACUCACCAUCGUCAAUUCCUCUGUGCUCGACCGGCCCAGGGCUCUGGUCCUGGUUCCUCCCGAGGGGGUGAUGUUCUGGACUGACUGGGGAGACCUGAGGCCCGGGAUUUACCGCAGCAACAUGGAUGGCUCUGCUGUCCUGCGCCUUGUGUCAGAGGAUGUGAAGUGGCCCAAUGGCAUCUCUGUGGAUGACCAGUGGAUCUACUGGACUGACGCCUAUCUGGACUGCAUUGAACGGAUCAGCCUCAGUGGCCAGCAGCGCUCGGUAAUCCUGAACAACCUGCCACACCCCUACGCCAUUGCUAUCUUUAAGAACGAGAUCUACUGGGACGACUGGUCACAACUCAGCAUCUUCCGAGCUUCCAAAUACAGCGGGUCCCAGAUGGAGAUUCUGGCAAGCCAGCUCACUGGGCUGAUGGACCUGAAGAUUUUCUACAAGGGAAAGACCACUGGGAGCAAUGCCUGUGUGUCCAAGCCCUGCAGCCUGCUCUGCUUGCCCAAGGCUAAUCACAGCCGAAGCUGCAGGUGCCCAGAGGGGGUGCCGAGCAAGGUCCUUCCAUCUGGGGACCUGCUGUGUGACUGCCCCCCGGGCUAUCGCUUGGAGAACAGCACCUGUGUCAAAGAAGAGAACACCUGUCUACGCAACCAGUACCGCUGCAGCAACGGCAACUGCAUCAACAGCAUCUGGUGGUGUGACUUCGACAAUGACUGUGGAGACAUGAGCGACGAGAGGAACUGCCCUACCACUGUUUGUGACCUGGACACCCAGUUCCGUUGCCAGGAAUCUGGCACCUGUAUUCCACUCUCCUACAAAUGUGACCUGGAGGAUGACUGUGGAGAUAACAGCGACGAAAGCCACUGUGAAACUCACCAGUGCAGGAGCGAUGAAUACAAUUGCAGCUCUGGCAUGUGCAUCCGUUCCUCCUGGGUGUGUGACGGGGACAACGACUGCAGGGACUGGUCUGAUGAAGCCAACUGCACGGCCAUCUCCCACACGUGUGAGGCCUCCUACUUCCAGUGCCGCAACGGGCACUGCGUCCCCCAGCGGUGGGCCUGUGACGGAGACGCAGACUGCCAGGAUGGCUCUGACGAGGAUCCAGUCAGCUGUGAGAAGAAGUGCAAUGGGUUCCGCUGCGCGAAUGGCCUUUGCAUCCCCUCCAGCAAGCAUUGCGAUGGGGCGCAUGACUGCUCUGACCACUCUGAUGAGCAGCACUGUGAGACCAUGCCGGAACUUCUCUGCACCCGCUUCAUGGACUUCAUGUGCAAGAACCGGCUGCAGUGCCUGUUCCGCUCCAUGGUCUGCGAUGGGAUCAUUCACUGCCUCGAUGGGUCGGACGAAGACUCGACGUUUGCGGGAUGCUCCCCGGACCCGGAGUUCCACAAGGUCUGCAAUGAGUUUGGGUUCCAGUGUCAGAACGGCAUGUGCAUCAGCCUGAUCUGGAAAUGCGACGGGAUGGAUGACUGUGGCGAUUACUCCGAUGAAGCCAGCUGUGAAAACCCCACAGAAGCCCCCAACUGCUCCCGCUACUUCCAGUUCCCGUGUGAGAAUGGCCACUGCAUCCCCACCAGGUGGAAAUGUGACCAGGAGAACGACUGUGGGGACUGGUCUGACGAAAAGGACUGUGCAGGUUCACAUGUUCUUCCCUCCCCGACUCCCGGGCCCUCCACAUGCCUGCCCAACUACUACCGCUGCAGCAGUGGGACCUGCGUCAUGGACAGCUGGGUGUGCGACGGGUACCGGGACUGUGCAGACGGCUCAGAUGAGGAAGGCUGCCCCUCCCCUGCAAAUGUCACUGCCGCCGCCACCACCUCCCAGCUUGGGCGAUGUGACAGGUUUGAGUUUGAGUGCCGGCAGCCACAGAAGUGUAUCCCCAACUGGAAACGCUGCGACGGCCACCGAGACUGCCAGGAUGGCCAGGACGAGGCCAAUUGCCCCACACGGCGCACGCUGACCUGUAUGAGCGGGGAGUUCAGGUGUGAGGACGGCGAGACCUGCAUUGUGCUGUCUGAGCACUGUGACGGCUUUCUGGACUGCUCAGACGGCAGCGACGAGAGGGCCUGCAGUGAUGACUUAACUGUGUACAAAGUGCAGAAUCUCCAGUGGACAGCUGACUUCUCCGGGGACAUCACUCUGACCUGGAUGCGGCCCAAAAGAAUGCCUUCUGCUUUGUGCGUCUAUAACAUCUACUACAGGGUGGUUGGAGAGAGCCUCUGGAAGGCUCUGGAGACCCACAGCAACAAAACCAGCGCCGUAUUAAAGAUCUUGAAGCCAGACACCACCUAUCAGGUUAAAGUGCAGGUCCAGUGUCUAAGCAAGGUGCACGGCACCAAUGACUUCGUGAACCUGAGGACUCCCGAAGGACUGCCAGAGGCCCCUCGGAACCUGCAGCUGUCACUCCACAGUGAGGCGGAAGGUGUGAUUGCGGGUCGCUGGACUCCUCCUGCCCACCCCCAUGGCCUUAUCCGAGAGUACACUGUAGAAUACAGCAGGAGUGGUUCCAAGAUAUGGGCUUCCCAGAGGGCAGCGAGCAACUCCACAGAAAUAAAGGACUUGCUGGUCAACACCCUCUACACCGUCAGGGUGGCUGCGGUGACUAGUCGUGGAAUAGGAAACUGGAGCGACUCUAAAUCCAUUACCACCACAAAAGGAAAAGCGACCCCCCCGCCAGACAUCCACAUCGACAGCUAUGGAGAAAAUUCGCUGAGCUUUACCCUCACCAUGGAGAGCGACAUCAAGGUGAAUGGCUACGUGGUAAACCUUUUCUGGGCCUUUGACACCCACAAACAAGAAAAGAGAACCUUGAACUUCCGUGGGAGUAGCUUGUCACACAAAGUCGGCAAUCUGACAGCUCACACCUCCUAUGAGAUUUCGGCAUGGGCCAGGACUGACCUGGGCGAUAGUCCUUUGGCAUUUGAGCAUGUCAUGACCAAAGGGACCCGACCACCGGCUCCGAUCCUCAAAGCCAAGGCCAUCAACCAGACAGCCGUGGAAUGUACCUGGACUGGCCCCAGGAAUGUGGUCUACGGCAUCUUCUUCGCCACAUCCUUCCUCGAUCUGUACUGCAGCCCGAGGAGCACAACGACUGUGCUCCACAACCAGACAGUCGUCGUGGGUCGGGACGAGCAGUAUCUGUUUCUGGUCCGAGUGGUGGUGCCCUACCAGGGGCCGUCGUCCGACUACGUUGUCGUCAAGAUGAUCCCGGACAGCAGGCUCCCACCCCGUCACCUGCAUGUGGUGCACACAGGCAAGACCUCAGCUGUCAUCAAAUGGGAGUCGCCGUACGACUCUCCCGACCAGGACUUGUUUUAUGCAAUUGCUGUGAAAGAUCUCGUACGAAAGACGGACAGGAGCUACAAAGUCAAGUCCCGCAACAGUACAGUGGAGUACACCAUUAACAGGUUGGAGCCUGGAGGGAAGUACCAUGUUAUUGUCCAACUGGGGAACAUGAGCAAAGACUCCAGUGUAAAAAUCACCACAGCUUCAUUAUCGGCACCGGAUGCCUUAAAAAUUAUAACAGAAAACGACCACGUUCUUCUGUUUUGGAAAAGUCUCGCUUUAAAAGAGAAGCUUUUUAAUGAAAGCAGGGGCUACCAGGUACACAUGUAUGAUAGUGCCAUGAACCUCUCCGCUUACCUUGGAAACACCACGGACAAUUUCUUUAGAAUCUCCAAUCUGAAGAUGGGUCAUAAUUAUACUUUCACUGUCCAAGCAAGAUGCCUCUACGGCAGCCAGCUCUGUGGGGAGCCUGCUGUCCUGCUCUAUGAUGACUUGGGAACUGGUGCAGACCCAGCCGCGUUUCGGGCUGCCAGAUCUACGGACGUGGCUGCGGUAGUAGUGCCCAUCUUGUUCCUGAUCCUGCUGAGCCUGGGCGUCGGGUUUGCCAUCCUCUACACAAAGCAUCGGAGGCUACAGAGCAGCUUCACCGCUUUUGCCAACAGCCACUACAGCUCCCGGCUGGGCUCCGCCAUCUUCUCCUCCGGGGAUGACCUGGGAGAGGAUGAUGAAGAUGCUCCCAUGAUAACUGGAUUUUCGGAUGACGUCCCCAUGGUGAUAGCCUGAGAGACCUUCCUCAUUAGAAACCAAAUGGUGUAAAUAUUUUAUUUGAUAGAGUUGAUGGUUUAUUUUAAAAGAUGCACUUUGAGUUGCAAUAUGUUAUUUUUAUAUGGGCCAAAAACAAAACAAAACAAAACAAAAAAACCCAUAAAACCGAACAACAAAAAAGAUGCAAAUAAAUACACUUUGUAGGUAAUCGACUGUGAACUUCAAACCAGGUUGAUUUUAGUAACCAAAUUGCUGUGAUUUGGCAUUAAUGUCGUCUUACAGGGCUGUGCUUGCUGGGCAUGCUGUUAAGUCUGUGAGAUAAUUUUGGUUCAGUGAAUUGGUCUUUUUUAUUUUUCUAAGACACAGAAAUGUACUUAAUAAAAUCUUCAAGAGGGACUGAUGGACAGGAUCUCGCUCCUUGAA